AUGUUUUUAUUUUUCAAUAUUUUUAGUUGGUUUAUACAUCGAUCUGGACGAAGUGGUCGUUGUGGCCGAGAGGGGAAAAGUUUGUUAUUUUUGACUCCCAAUCAAGAUGGAUAUAUUACAUUUCUCCAAAAAUAUGAAAAGAUUUCACUUAAUGAACUGAAGAUCCCAAAUUUAACAGCAGUGAAAGCAGAACAACUUCGUCAGAAAAUUAUCAAAAUGGCAUCUAAAGAUCGACUUAUAUUGGAACGCGGUACUAGUGCGUUUGUUUCAUUUAUUGAAUCGUAUUUGAGGCAUGAUUGCAGUGUCGUUUGUCCUUUUAAAGAGCUAGAUGUGGUUGGUCAUGCACAUUCGUACGGUCUCUUAAGAUUACCAAAAAUGAAGGAACUAAAAGGACUCGACCUCACUUCGUUUAAACGUUCAAAUAUUGAUACAGCUAUAAUAAAAUUCAAAGACAAAAAUCGUGAGAAACAGCGGCAAAUGAAACUCGUUGAAUUGAGAAAAAAUGAAAAUAAAAUUCAUAAAUCUACUGAUCUCUCAAACAAAAGAACACAGGAAAAAGAAAAAACAACAAAAAAAAGGAAAAUGAAUGAAGAUGAAGAUAAAAUAAGUUGGGAGGAAACGGCUAACGACUUUGCACUACUUAAAAAAAUUAGAAGGGGUCGUGUCAGGAAAAAGGAUAUUGAUUUACUUAUUUAA